CUAUCUGUCUAUAUAUUACAAAUGUAAACAUUGGCCGUGUGUAGUUUGUUAUUUAUUCCGAUCGAUCGUAGCAAGCAAAAAUUAGCCAUGAAAAUUGUUGUCUGUGAAAUUAUGUAAAAUGAAAAUGAGGUCUUGGUCAAGUUUUCGAAACUGCAAAACUUCGCCGUUUGCAAUAAGCGCUUUUGUUUUCGCAGCAGUAGCUUGUGCAUGUUUAAUUAUUGCAUUAGCGAGCCCUUAUUGGCUAGUAUCAAAGCAAGAUUCAGAUUUUGUUCGAAUGGGAUUAUGGCGAAUCUGUUUCAAAAACUAUCAACAUCCUUCAUUGCAGUAUGAUAACGUAUUCGAUGGUUGUUACUCGAUACACGGCCAUAAAUCUGAAAGUAUUAGGAACUGGUUACAACCAGGAUGGUUCAUUCUGGUCCAGUGUCUAGUAACUUGUGCUACUCUGUUAGCAGUAAUUUGCAUCUGCCUAUUUGUGUAUGUAAGCUUGCAAGUGGAAAUAGAAAUAAAAAUUUUUGUCUGUGCAUUUAUGUUUGUCUUUGAAGCUGUUGCAGCACUUCUAGCAUUCCUUGGAGUUUGUGUUUUUGGACUAAUGUGUUUUGAACGAUCAUGGAUCAAAUUCCCCAAAAAUAAUAUCUUGUCUUGGGGGUAUGGAUUCUGUGUCUUAUCAACUCUUCUGCUUAGUUUUGCUGCAACUGGUCUGCUAUUCCAUAUAUUUAGGCUGCGAAAACAGUUGCAUAGGGGCAUUGUAACUUACCAUGUUCCUCUCUCAAAUCGGCAGAUGUCGGCAUGCUCUGAUUCUUUAUAAAAGUGGUCCAGAUGCACUGUCAGAAGAUAAUCACCAUAUAUGUCUGGAAAAUGCCAUGUGUUUUAUUCAAAUUACUGCUGUAUUUGUGAAAAAUAUAUAUCUAUACAAAUUUAUAAGGAAAACCAGAAAACUAUUCAGUCUAAAUACCAAUUAUAUAUUUAUAUAUACAUAUAUUGUUAUGUUUUGAUAGUGAUUUGUUAAUAUUUUGAGCUGUUGUGAUUAGCUGAUAUAUAAGUCUGUGUUGCUUUAUGUAUGUCAAGUACUUGUUUAUUGUAAAGAGCAGCUAUAUUUUUGGCAUCUCAACAAAACUUGUUUUGUUUCUUUUAUUGUGAUAUAUAUUCACACAUUUGUAUAUAUUUUUCAUAUAAGAUAUAUAUACAUAUAAUAAAUGUAUCUAUAUUGCCUGCCUUAUAUUUUUAUAUGAAA